AUGGUGAUGUCAAAAAAACUUCUUCUUCAUCCACUUCCGCCGCUCCCCCAUCCUCUUCUUCAGCACCGGCUGCUGGGUCCACCAAAGAGCAAGUUUCACCAGGGCCCUAGAAAUCCAAAGGUGGACGGAGUGAACACUCUUUUGUACGAAGAUUCCACCAGAAAUGCAUCGGUGAGUGCUCUUUACACAGCAUUGGCCAUAGAAAGAGACGAUCCCAGCGAAAAGAUUCUUGAUGUUGCUCGCAACAUUGAAUUGGGUGUAUUUAAGCAAGAAUACUCUGCGGUCAACGAUGCCUACAGAAACAAAUUAAGAACUCUCACCAUGAACUUGAGGAACAAGAAGAACCCAGAUUUGCGAGACCGCUUGCUUACUGGCCAAAUAGCACCUUCCAAGUUCAUCACCAUGAACCCCAACGAAAUGGCACCAGAAUCUUUGAAGCAGGAGAUUGAAAAACUCAACAAACAGAAUCUUUUUGAUGCUCAAGGAGCCACCGAGAAAAGAGCUGUAACAGACAGAUUCACUUGUGGAAAGUGUAAACACAAAAAGGUGAGUUAUUACCAAAUGCAAACCAGAUCUGCCGAUGAACCGCUUACCACCUUCUGUACAUGCGAAAACUGUGGUAAUAGAUGGAAGUUUUCGUGA